AGAAAAUUGAAAAAAGGAAAAACAAACAAGAGUCGAGCCUCAACAAUAACACAAUAUAACAAGAACAAAAUCCGUACUAAAGCAUCUUCGUCUCUUUCAAUUAGGGUUUCUUCAGGCGAAAUUGUGGAUUUAAAUUAAUCGAAUUUAUCUCGUUUCGGGUUUCUUCGAAUUGCCAAUCGAGAGAACGCAUAUGAGAAAAGAGUGAUUCGAUUCGAUUCCUCGAGAUGGAGCAGUUUGUCAACUUCAUCAUUCGACCUCCAAGAGCUGAGUACGACCCUGAACAUGAUCUCUUGGAAAAGGAUUUCAUGAUGAAAGGCAGAUGGUAUCACAGGAAAGAUUUAGAGGUUAAAAACAGCAGAGGAGAUGUUCUCCAGUGUAGUCAUUACAUGCCUGUUGAACUCCCUGAAGGGAAGCCUUUGCCCUGUGUUAUAUAUUGCCAUGGAAACAGUGGAUGUAGAGCGGAUGGUAGUGAAGCCGCAGUUGUGUUGCUUCUUUCAAACAUCACAGUUUUCACCCUUGACUUUUCCGGAUCUGGUCUCUCUGGCGGGGAACAUGUCACCUUGGGCUGGAACGAAAAGGAUGAUCUGAAGGCUGUGGUUGAGUAUUUGCGGCAGGAUGGAAAUGUAUCCCUGAUUGGGUUAUGGGGGCGUUCGAUGGGUGCUGUUACUAGCUUGAUGUAUGGAGCUGAGGAUCCUUCCAUUGCAGGAAUGAUUCUAGACAGCCCCUUCUCCGAUUUGGUUGAUCUGAUGAUGGAACUUGUAGAUACUUAUAAAUUCCCUCUACCAAAGUUCACUGUGAAAUUUGCAAUACAAUUUAUGCGUAGAGCUAUUCAGAAAAAAGCCAAGUUUGAUAUAAUGGAUCUGAACACCAUCAAGGUGGCAAAAUCUAGUUUUGUUCCAGUUUUAUUUGGACAUGCCUUAAAUGAUGACUUUAUCCGCCCUCAUCAUUCAGAUCGUAUAUAUGAAGCCUACGUAGGAGACAAAAAUAUAGUAAAGUUUGAGGGAGACCAUAACUCACCAAGGCCUCAGUUCUUCAUUGAUUCGAUAAAUAUAUUUUUCCAUAACGUCCUUCAACCUCCAGAGGUGGUGGGGCCAACAUUAUAUGACCCAUUGGAUGAUUACUUUGCAAAGGGCGGUUGGAGUAGUAUGCAUGACACAACUAUUCCAGAAUCCUCAAUGCAGAAAAGUUUAGCCUCGAGUAGCAGCAUCUCUGACGCAAUUAAUGAAGUCCGUACAAAAAGACCGAUGAGUCGCACAGAUGUUCCUUCGAAUGUUACAUCUAGCGGUUCUGCAUCAGAAACUAAGGAAAAAGAGAAUCAUGAUGGUCGUGACAGUUCAUCAUCUCCUGAUAUGAUAAGCUUUGAUUUGUUAAACGGCGAUGAAGAUGUAGAAUAUCACUUGGAGGACAUCCCAUCUAAUGCAGAGGAAGAAGAAAGGAUGCUUAUGAGAGCGGUGAUGGAAUCAUUGAAGGACUUGGAAGUGCAAAGUCUUGAGAAUAAAGAAGCUCCAGAGAAGAGAGUUUACGGAAACAAUGCUUUUCGAACCGCACAACAAUCCCUCCUUUCAACUCAAGCGAACCAACCAGAGACUGAUUCUGGUUCCGGGGAUGCAUUACCAUCUUCUUCCGAGUCCAGUGCACCAAGUGAGACGCCUGCUUCUUCUCUACCUGUGUCUGGCUCUUCGAGCGAGAAGGUAAACGAGACAGGUGACAUGUCAGCGGUUGCAAAGCCCACGGUGACAGUUGAACGUAGUAGUAGUAGUAGUAAAUGGGAUUUCAACUUCUUCAAAAACAGCAAAUAAUUCCAGUUAUUGAGUUUGGUUUUGGAACUGGGUGAAGUCAAUGCAAAUGCAUAUAUAUCCAAAAAAAUAGUUGGUUUCUUUUUCAAAGAUUUGUUCAUGAUAGGUUAACAUUCUUUGUCUUUGGUUAUGGUUUUCAUCCAAAUGUUUGUAUUCUUGGGUCUGCACCUUUGUUCAUUCCAAGUAUUUGCUUAAGUUUACUUCAUAUGAUGAUUCAAUUAUAUUUUUGCAUUGUACU